UUGUGGUUUGUGGUGUUGCAGUAGUUAGCACUUCAUUCUGCCCCAGAAACACACAUGACUAGUACGUACAGACUAAACACCUUCAGCUUUCUGUCGUCUAGAUGACUUCAAACACAACGACCGUUAACGUGAACUCUGGCUAAGACGGUCACCUUGAACCGCCCGUGUGUUGGUCAUGUCUCACGAGCGAGGAGCUUUCUGAACACUAGGAGCGAUGAGGAUGAGAGUGGCUGUGCUGGUGCUUGCUGUUUCUUUCAGUCUGACUGAAGCAGAACGAUGUGUGUCUACAAGUAGUCCACACUGUUACAAAAAUUCAAUUAGACCAGAAGAAGACUUCAUUUGUGAAUGGGAUGAGAGAAACCCUGAGAAGAGUCAAACACACACUCUCCAUAUAUGGGACACUGAAAAAAAACGUUUUCUUAUGCGUAAGAACUCCAGCAAAAAAGGACAGGUAAACGUUCACUUGGAGGAACUAGGAAUCCCGUCAAAAAAGACAGACAUAUGGGUACAGACACAAGUGGGCAACCUCACCUGUAAUUCUAGCAAAAUCUCAGUCAUCCUUGAAUGCAUGGUCAAAUACAGUGUACCUCAGAUUAUCAGCAUGAAAAGGUCAGCUAGAAUUCUGAAUCUCACACUGGACAAACCAGAGGAUAACAAAGGUGCUAUUUAUGAGAUCAGAUGGAGACAAAGGGACUCUGAAUGGCAGAAUACAACAUUUGAAACUAAGGACGGCACUAUCAAAGAUUUCCACAGGCUACAUCUACAUUACCAGACCAUCUACCAGAUCCAACUGAGGCGGCAGGCCAAACUCAAGUCACGUCUAUGUAAAGACUCACUACAUGCUCUCUGGAGUGACUGGAGCCAAAUGGUGGAUGUUCCCUCAGAUAUCAGGCGCCGACCUGUAAUACGCUGGGUAGAAAGUAACCCGAAAAAUGGUACCAGGGAUAUUAAUCUCUCCUGGGAUGCCCCAUCUGCUGAAGAGUCUGUAGGGGGUGUGAGGUAUAAUCUGAGACUCUCAGUUUGGCCUUGUGACAAAAGCAAGAGAAAGAAAAGUACAACUAAUCAAACCUAUAAUACAUCAAUAACAUAUUCAGAGGCCAGAAUUUCCAUUAUUGCCAUUAACAAGGUUGGAUGUUCACCACGACGGCAGAUCAUCAUUCCUGCUGUGAAACAUCUGAACUACUGCGACUCUGACAUGCCCUCAGAUAUCACCAUGGCUAAUAAUAAAGCCUGCUUAGAAUGGUACAAGCUGGAAGAUGGUGAGACCCGACCAAGGACAGUACACAGCUCAAACAAAAUAUUGCUCAAGAACAUUAAAAAUGAGGUGGAGCAUUUUGUACGUCAUUAUUACUUUCUUCACACCAUAAGAAAGAAACGGUAUCAAACUACCGUGAUGUGUCCUUUUUACUCAGAACAGAAAGCACCUAAAAAUGGUCCAGCCAAUGUGAAUAUUUCUGAUGUGACACAUGAAUCAGCUGUGGUAAGCUGGCUUUCCAUUCCUGUGGCGGAGCAGCGAGGAUUUCUACAGCAUUAUGUCAUUUGGAUAUCUGGACAGGGAAACACAAAGUUCCAUACAGUCCCAGCAAAUAAAACCAGCUUCCUGAUCAAGGACCUCCACCCAGGGGCCUCUUACACCGUAUCUAUAUCCGGAAGGACAGAAGCUGGUAAUGGGCCGAACUCAACGGUGAACUUUGAAACAUACUCCAAAGAAAUGGGCUUAUCGUGGCAGGACCAAACCAUCUUGAUCGUCUGCGUGGUUGCCCUCUUGUGCACUAUAAUCUGCUCCGUAGCUGCCAGGAGAUUGAAGCUGUUACCUGAGGUGCCCAGUCCUGUGAUUGAUGCAGCAGAAUUCAGGUGUCCGGAAGAGCAGGACCAGAGCCCGACGAUAGAGGAGGUGCAUGAAUUCGUUCUCUUGCUGCGUCAAGAUCUCAACAAAUGCAGGGAGAACAUGACCCCUGAGCAGAGCACUUUACUGCAAGACUUUGGGCUUGUCAUCUUUGAAGAGGAAGACGAGGAAGACGGAGAGGGUGGAGUUACCGACUUGAGCUCAGUGAAAUCCUGUUUCUAUCCGAAUCCUAGCUACAGAGGACAGACGCUACAGCUGCCAGAGCCUUUCCACAUGACAGACAGCACUUCAAGGGACAAUGACACAGAGUCCACUUACAGAAAUGGCCUGUUCUUUGAAACACGAGUCCUGGAGUGUGACAAAACGUCACUAUAACAGAACCUGACUGUGUAGGGACAAAUAAACAACCCUAAACAAACCUCAUCUAUCUGCUGCAUGUGUCUUCUGUACAGCCAGAUGCAGUCAGUUAUAGCAUCUUUAGCUUUUCUUUAAAGUGCACCUGAGACAUAAUACUGGAAAUAACCCAGUUCUGAGAACAGUGUGCGAUUCUCAGCAGUCACUGAGGUUGCGAACGCAUCCUCACUCUUAAGCUUUGUUGUGGUCACUGAUGUCACAUUCUGGAUUCUCAUUAUGUCUAUGUAUGAAGCAUACUGCUUAUUGGUGUUCUUAGUAAUAAAGUUACCGUUAUUGUGCUCUUCACAUACAGGUACAUCACAGCUAAAAGUUUAGAGUAGAAUUGAAUGGCAGACAGCACUAAUGUUAACCUUUUAUAGAUGUUACUGUUGGUAAUGUUAGUUAAUUUUACUGCUGAAUAUGCAUUUAAAUUUAAUUUCCAAUUUUAUAGGCCCCCCAGAAAAAGAUAAUCCGGCCCUCAAAUGAAGUUUAUUGAAUAGCCCUGAUUUAGGGUUAGUUAGAUUUUUUCAAACAGCAAGGAUGUGUAAAAUUGAUCAAAAGUGACAGUAAAGACUUUUAUGUUGUUACAAAAGAUUAGUAUUUCAAAUAAAUGAUGUUCUUUUGAACUUUCUUUUCAUCAAAUAAUGUAAGAGAAAUUCUCCUCAGAAACAAUAACGCUUUCCACAAAAAUAUUAAGCAGCACAACUUUUUUUAAACAUCAGUAAUAAUGAGAAAUGGUAUUAUUAUAUCAUUGUUGUUAUUAUAUUAUUAUUAUUAUUAUCAAUGUAUAUAAUUAUCAUUUGUAGUAUAAAAGUUAUAGCAUAGAAAUCAUACACAGCUGAGUAUAUAUUUAUACAUUUACAGUUUUGUCCACUAGGGAGAGCAAUUCAAUCUCUCAGAAAAGACACUGGGGUUUUUAUAUCAUUUAAAUAAA